GGAAAGGUGGGGGAUGUUUCCAUCAUGGCGGCUUCCAUUUCAGGCUACACUUUCAGUUCUGUGUGUUACCACAGCGCUAACAGCAGCUCCGACCACGAAGGAUUUCUCUUGGGUGAAGUUAGACAAGAAGAGACAUUUAGCAUCAGUGAUUCACAAAUUAGCAACACAGAAUUUCUGCAAGUUGUAGAAGUCCAAAAUCACGAACCGUGUUCACAGCUUUUUAGUUUUUAUGACUACGCAGGAAAAGUCAAUGAGGAUAACCUCAAAAGAAUUAUCAAGGAAAGGAGACAAAAUGUUAUUGGCUGGUAUAAGUUCAGAAGAAACACACAGCAGCAGAUGUCUUUUCGAGAGCAGAUCAUCCAUAAGCAGCUGACACAAAUUCUUGGAGUGCCUGACUUAGUCUUCCUUCUCUUUAGCUUCAUCUCCACUGCAAACAAUUCCACACAUGCCCUAGAAUAUGUACUAUUUAGGCCAAACAGAAGGUAUAAUCAGCGAAUAUCUCUUACAAUUCCCAAUUUAGGGAAUACUAGUCAGCAGGAAUACAAGAUUUCAUCUGUACCAAACACAUCUCAGAACUAUGCCAAGGUGAUACAGGAGCAUGGGGCUGAAUUCUUUGAUAAAGAUGGUGUAAUGAAGGACAUAAGGACAAUCUUUCAGGUGUACAGUGCUCUGCAAGACAAAGUACAGGCAGUGUGUAGAGAAGUGGAGCACAGUGAACAGAUGAAAGAAGUCAUUCAAGAAGAAGUAAAUAAGCUUAAAAAGAAAAUUGCUCUCAGGAAAAAUGAAAAAGAGGCAGAAAGAAGACGAAAGGAAGAAAAAGAAGAAAGACAAACAGAAGAGAUCUGCUACACCCAGAUGGUGUCAGUUGAUGGCACAGCUGAAGAGCAAAACCAUAAAAUACCCGAUACCUCAGAGACACCACCUCUCUAUUCUGAUGUCAUUGUACAGGACAGGGAUUUAGUUAGCCAGGAAGACAGCGCUGCAUAUUUACCACGGCCUCAGGCGGUAGGCUCUUCAAGUCAAGCCCCAUCAGUUCCAGGGGUGGCCAAAUAUUUAGGAAACGGAGAUGGUUCAAGUGCUGAUUCUGUACAGUUGACCUCUUCUAACCAGCUAAUGGGAAAUUUAGCAACAGAGGAGGAGGAGGAGAAUGAUGAAGAUGAAGAUGGUAGCAGUGAGUACGAGAACCUUCCAAACGAGCCCUCAGAAUCUUCAGAUAGCGACUUCUCACAACUUGCAGAGGGACGUCCAGCUGCACUAAGACCUGAAGGAGAUGCCAGGAACUCUCAGGCUUCUGAUGCCAUCUAGACAAAACAAAAGCACUGAAAAUCAAAUUCUUCAGUAAAACAAUCUAAAGACUAAAUGAGGUGAAAAUUAAAUAAAAAAACAAAAAAAAAACAUGCAUUUCAGAUUCUGAAACUGAAAUGGGUGCACUGACAAUUUUUUAAAAAAUCAUUGUGCUGUUUUUUGUUUUCUGCUUUAUUUUGGCCCUGUGGAAAAUUUUGUAAUAGGCAUAGGAAGAAUCAGAAAAAUGGAGUCCUUUCUGUGCCAGGGCAUCUUAAUCUUUUUUUUUUUUUUUUACAAUUCUGAAAAUACAAAUUACCAUUGGUGCCACAUUUUAGUGACUUCUGGUUGUGUCAUUAAAAUUAUUUUAGGUUGCACAGACUGGUCCUGCCAUGUGCAGGUUACUCAGUGUUAGCCAUUUAGAAUUACAUAGAGAAUCAAAUCAUGCCAUUACCUCUUGCACUAUUUUGCCUUGUUUUUAUGUUUAUUUAAAAUGAAAGAAGGGAAAAGAACUAGCCAGAGGCCUUCAGAGUUUCACUUUUAUGAGCCAAAUUGGUGGAUAUUAUAAAUGAUGUUUUACAGGAGUUAUAAAAUGCCUAAUCGGAACAAAAAGUAUAUAUAUCAUAGUUUCUCCAGCUUGCACGUUUUUUCUUUUGGAGAUUAUUUAUGAGAGUGGGAAUUCAUUUUGGGAUGUGGAAAUAAUUUUUAAUUUGUCUUUUUAUCAAUAAUACUGCAUAUUUCUUAUUAGGAAAAAAUAUUAAAAGAUAAAUCACCAUGUCCUCCCAUGGGGGUAUGUAGGAUUGAUUUAAUUUUAUUGGGAUAUAUUUUUUUUUUUUUUAAUUUGGUGGCACAAAAUCCAUCUGUCAUUAAAAAAAAAUCUGCUGUUUUUUCGUGAAUUUAAAUUGCUUAUUUCAUUCUGCUACAGACAUCAAAACUGUAGUGUUGCCAGAGAAACGUACGACCAACAUUGUGCCACAUUUCAGACGUAACACAGAAAUAAAUCCAUCAAUCAAUCUUCUGUGCCAACACACAAGUAGAUCCUCGAGCAGCAGAUGGUCGGCGUAUUCUUUGCUGUUUAUACCAUUUCCUGUUUACAGUAGUGCGUUUUGGCAAUACACAAAAGGGAAACUGAAUACAGACGUCUCAGAUUUAGGGACUGUUUACUUUGCACCAUUUAGAAAUCACAGAACUUUGAGGUUUGAAAGGAGGAGACUCUUUACCACACAGCUAUUGUAGACUACUGUUGAUGUGAGAUGGGGAGGGAGAUAAAAUUCACUCGCUGAAUUUGAACAUAAAAUAGCUAAGCACAUUGGGUUUUCCUACCAGUUUUAUGUUCAAACAAGAAGUCUGGUAAACAUUUUCACAGUUGAGGAUCCUAAGUAACAAGGUCAUAGCGUUUGCAGUUCUGCACUGCAGGUCAAAAUUGGAAACUAUUGUUUUCUCUGAAAUUUUCAUUUAGCUGAAGUUUGAUUUGUAUGAGGUAAUAAAUGUGUUUAUUUGAUUUGCA